GUCCCGGCUAUUAAAACAGUGGCGACGACUCAAAAUUUCAAUUCGUCUUCUUCUCCCUAUCCAUCUAGAGGGUUUUUAAUUUGUCUUUAUUCAAAGGAAAACUCUGCAAAAUCAUUCAUUAGUCCAUUAAUAUCUGAUUAAACUACUCAGGCUUAAUUGAUUUUAUUCUCUUCGUCUCAACCUGGGCUUCACUUUAAACCCUAGAAUCCUGGUAAGCCCGUCUCUGCUUUCCAAUUCUUUAACUCAGUCUAGUUGAAUUCUUUUUUCUUGGCUUGAGCCUCGGGUUUGAUUUUUAUUUUUUCUUGUCUCGACGUUUUUCAUGUGAAAUGCGAUUCUUGGGGCGAAUUGCAUUUGCGGGAAAUUCUCUUCGAGUGAAAUUCGUUGAUAGGAUAUGAUAUGAAGUGUUAUUGAAUAUGAACGAUGAAAAUGGGAAGUCUAACGUCGGAUUCUUGAGUGAGAAGGAAAGUCUACAGGCAAAAAAGAAGAACAAGAAGUUGGGAAUUGACGAUUUUGCUGAGGCCAUUGCUAGAAUUGCUGUGGCUCAGUUAUGCGAGAGCUUAGGGUUUCAGAGCUUCCAGCAGUCCGCACUGAAUACUCUAUCAGAUGUAGCGGUCAGGUACAUUAGAGAGUUGGGAAGAACUGCAAAUUAUAAUGCGAAUUUAGCCAAUAGGAGUGAGGGUAAUGCGUUUGAUGUGAUUCAGGGAUUGGAGGAUCGGGGCUCCAUUCAGGGGUUUUUCGGGGGUUCUGACCCUAGUCAUUGUCUCUCUGGUUCGGCAGUAGUUAGGGAUAUUAUUAGGUACAUUGAAGAAGUGGAGGAAAACCCGUUUGUGUAUUCAAUUCCCUGUUUUCCUGUUGUAAAAGAAAGAAAACUGAACCCUGGUUUCAAGCAAACAGGUGAAAGCCCUUCCAAGGAGCAUAUACCUGAUUGGUUGCCCAAGUUUCCUGAUCCUGAGACUUAUAAGGAUUUAAUAUUGGGGAAUGAGAAAGAAUUGGAGACUUGGAACUAUAAUAUAAUACAGCAGGUUGAUGAGCAGAAUAAAAAUUCUGAGAUGCCCCUUCUAAAUAUGCAGCAGAAAUUGUUUAGUAAUGGGUUUGAAGGAGCGGUGGCUGUUGAACCAGGGGAUGCUGCAAAGGCACUAAAAGCAGCAGAAAGUAAUCCAUUUCUUGCCCAGCCUCUUCAAUUUGGGGAAAAGGAGGCAUCUUUGCCUGUUCUUCCAGCUAAAUUUUAUGAUGAGGCAGCAUGGAGACAUCAGAAUCACACAUUUACGGAUAAUCAUGUUUCAGCUAUAGAGCAAUCUGGGCGCAUCACUGAAGCUGUUUGGAGCAGUCCAUGUGAAUCCAAAGGGGACAGGAGAAAUAUUCUCUUGGAUGGGAGGCCCAGCGUACAAUUUAAGUUUGAAAGUAGGAGGAAGUCUUUAGGUAGGCCAACCGACCCUCAAACUGCAGAUACUGACAAAAUUGCUCCUUGGUUUGGCAACGAUCAUGAUGAAAAAGAUGAGAAGAAUAGGACGUCGAAGCAAAUUCUCCACGAAAAUGGGGAAAAUAUGCAGGAAUAGCUCAUUUGUAGAUUAGGCAUGUUUAGUUGGAUUCUGUAUACUUGUUUAGGGAACUGCUUCGAACCCCAAUUCCAGGUUAGUCAUAUUCAAUGAGCUAGAAUUUCUCUCUACGAGCUUUACAGACUGCUAGAGGCGCAUUGUUCCCACUUUAUUCAGUUCUUGAGGCACGAGGAAAAACAUUCAUAACUAGGAAAUGUAGAGCUUGGCAAAAUUACAUGGUAAACAGUUCUCUGCUACUCAGCACUGCA